CACCGUCUCAGCGGCGACCAUGGACAGAACUCUUGACAACCUGGUGGCCAGAUUGAUGUUGGAAGAAGUGAAGUGCAAGAUGAUGACUAAAGAAGAAGAAAGCAUAGCUUUUAAGACAGUAACUAAAACCAAAAGUGUUUCAAUUGUAAUCAAAUGGGUCAUGCCCAGAUCAGCUGCCCCAACAAAGGAGACUCAUUUGUCAGCAGACUACUAUGAUCCUGUUUCAUUUCUAAACACCACAUGCCAGUCAAGACCACCUAUGUUGAAUGCGAAUGACUCAGGCAAAGGUAUGAGAUCACGUAGUGUGAAGGGAAAUGAAAGUCAGUGGUGACAGUAGCGGAUUUCUUGAGAAUAAAGCCAAAGGAAUGGAAUUUUACUAAACAAUAUAUAUAAACUUUAAUGUAAUGGCUAUAGAAAUGAAAAUAAAGGUAUGUGAAUUCUUAAAAUUGGUCUUUCAGAGGCUUUUUGUUCCAUAAUUUUAUAAUCACACAUGAUUGAGAUACUGAAUUUUAAAAAGCGGGCAAAAAUUAUAAAAUUAAACACCGUAGUGACAAAUUUAAAUGUCUGGGGGAAUUUAAUGUGCCACUGCAGGACAGAUAAGAACCACUUCACUGGUAAAUCAACAUGUCCGGAAAGAGACCAUCAAGCUAAAGUGCAAGUGGUACAGCUAAAUGAGUGCAGAAAGUGAGCCCACUGAUAUUCCUGAUGGAUAAAAAAGGACACCCUUAGUAGAAUGGCAAAUAUAUAUAAUUUCUAUAUAAAUACAUUUCGACUUUUAACAUGGACAUUUAUGGAAUAAAAAGUUUUAACAAAUGGGUUAUUUUUGAUAAAAUUUUUCUUUAUAUUACAAACUCUUUGACCCAUCAUGGCUGCAAACCACAAAGUUCAAACACGUGCAUAUCUGAUGACUGUGAAACCCUUAUUUAAGGGAACUGCAUUUUGAUAGUAAAG